GACGGAGUUGAAUCACUUGAAUAGGUUUGCCAGAAUGAGCGGUUGGAGGACCGUGGUUCCCGCGCCGGCCGUUAGCACUUCGAUUCGCGCGUGGGGUUCCGGCAAACAAGGGGAGAAUGUAACCGUUCACAGUACUGUGUUCUGCGUGGAGCAGACGAUGGCGAAGGGAGGCUACUUUGAUGCCGUCUCCGACCUGACUACUGUAAAUAUCGUUGACGACUGCGAAGCUGGAAGCCCGGAUAUCUCGACGAGUGUCUCCAGACAGUUCGUCCGCCCCAGUGGCGCCAAGACCGUCCCUCAUCACAAGGAAGAGGGAGGAGGAGACGUCCGAAUCAUAAGAAUAAUAAUAACAAGCAGAGAGAAGGCCAGAAGAGAGGAGAAGAGGGACCCCAGGGAAGGAGCCCAGAGAGAGACCCAGCCAUUGAUUGCCAGAGUUGCUCCUCAUCACCUUCCGCCCCUGCUGCUGCUCUCGCUUCUCCUGCCAACAACAUCAUUCUCAUUCUUGCCCAUCACCAUCACCACUUACGGAGUCCCCAACCCACUGCGCGCCCCUCUCCUUGACCUUGGCAGCCGCAAAGCAAGCAAUUCCGCGCCCUUGGGUCCACUUGGUCAAGCGUCAGAGGACCUCGCUCGCCCCGACGAAGGCCCACUGUCCUGUGUAGUUGCAGAGAGAGCCCAGCCACUCGUCAUUGCCCACCAGCCUUCUUCCGACAACCUUCCACACACCUUCUCGACGCCUGCACCACCACAACAUCACACUUUCAGCUCAUCAGCUUGCUGCUACCUCACUCCGUACCCUUUGGGAGACACCACACACACUCUGCUGCACGUCCUGUGCACCUUUUGCCUGCGCGCCUUUCACCGCGAGAACCACGACAAGGCCCGCCUCGGCUUGCCCGCCUCAGCUCCCAGCCUCAUCUGCCCUGCUGCUCCACCACGCGCACCGCCGCACCUCCAUCCCGUCAUCAACUCCACAGUACACCCUCUCGCCCUUCUCGCCACUCGGAACAUUGGCUCCAGCCACGUCGUCCUCGUCGGAACCACUUCGCGCGAAGUCGUCCUCAGCCCAGCCGAACCAUCUCAACCUUCAACUCGGGCCAUCACACCCACCCAUUCCGGCGCCUUCAGUGCGCCCAACCGUCCAGACACGCCGGGCUCCAUUGGUGCCAGUAGGAACCACAGCAACGGCGCCGCUUUUGGUACCCAUCUGACAAAGUCUCCCCGAGGUCUCUCACCUAGACACUCGCCACAACCGCUAGCGGAAGCCACCACCCCUGCCGACGAGCGUCGCGAAAAGUCACGACAGCCAACACCAAACCCAGGCGUCGCGGUACUACAGUCUUUACUCGACGCCCAGGCCACUGCGCGGCCCAAAGACGGUCCGCCAGAACCCGCACAAAUGAGUGCCGCACUCGAGAAGGCGGCCAAGUCGCUCGUCAUCCCGGACCAGCUCGGAACUGACACAAUGCACACGAGCCCCGUGAGCCUAUCCAGCUUUGGCUCCAACGAUAACCUCACUACCGCUGCCACCGCGACCGCCCCCGAGCCCACAGCCGGUCCUAUGCCGAUGCAGGAAGGAGCCCCCCAGCUCCAACAACAACAGCACCACCAACACAUCGUCCCCAAUAUGGGCGACGUCGCAAGUAAUCGUUCCUUCACCUUUCCCGGUCCCGCGCCCCCCGAGCACGACCCCAGAGCUCCUUCGCGCCAGAUGAGUUUGCCCGGCGGCUACCAGAACAGCCCCAAGUCUCCGGGCAAGCGCCACAAGUGUCCCUACUGCUCGACCGAUUUCACAAGGCAUCACAAUCUGAAGAGUCACCUGCUGACCCAUAGCCAAGAAAAGCCAUAUGAAUGCUCCACUUGCCAGCAGCGGUUCCGCCGUCUCCAUGACCUGAAGCGACACACCAAGCUCCAUACCGGUGAGAGGCCACAUACCUGCGAGAAGUGCGGACGCAAGUUUGCGCGCGGCGAUGCGCUUGCUCGACACAGCAAGGGCCAAGGCGGCUGCGCAGGCCGUCGUUCGAGCAUGGGCGAGGAUUUCAGCGAGCACAAGGUCGACGAGACCAUGGACGGCAUCAUGUACCACGAGCGCGAUGGCGAGGGCGAUGAAGAUGAUGAUGGCACGGGACGUCGAGUGGGCGAGCCACCGCGUAAGAGGCAAAAUACGGGAAACUCUAUGCAAGGUCCGUAUCAUCAGCAACACUCCAGCACCUAUCCGCCCAUUGCUCGUGGCCCAUCGAGCCACAACCUCCACCCUAUGUACUCCUCUGGACCCGUGGGACCUUCGCGCGAUCAGGCCACUGACGUGUCGCCCAAAAUAGCUCCUGCAAGCCUCAACAACCUCCCCUACCAUGCCAACAGCCAGCCCAAUGUCUUUAGCCAAGGGGGAAUGACCGAAAGCCCAAAGCCUUUGUCUCCUGGCCAGGCGGACCAGCACCGUUUAGGUGCGCACGACGGGACCCUUCCGAGUCACCCACGGUCGCCAAACAUGGGCCAGCAGAUGCACCAGCAGAAUUUCUCUAGGCGGACUGGCAGGGGGUCCUCACCCAGGGCUCUGGGUCCGCCACAGCAACAUGCCGGUGGACCUCAGUUGCCCCCUCUUCAUGGCAUGGCCCAGGGCGGGAAAGGAAGCGGCCCGAGCAUGCUACAUCAGCAGAUCCCUGGUCCCGGAACGGAAUCGCAGCCAGGAAGUAUGUCCAGCCACGGAGGCAGCGGCAGUAGCAUGCGUGAGAUCAUGGGCCGCCCGACCGUUGACGUCUGGCAGACGGUGCGCGAGAUGGAGAACCGCAUGGCUCGCAUGGAGGAAGAACACCAAAAGAGGAUACAGUCUCUGCAAGAGGAGGUUACCAAGCUCCGUGCGCAACUGGCUCAUCAGCACGUGGAGGCGUCCGCGCCCCAUCAAGAGAACAACCAUUAG